CCGAGGCAUUCCGGAAUCGGGCACAAAUCGCGACAACGACUCCGAACCGCAUCGCGCGUGAGAGAUCAGAACCGCGGGGUCGGUGAACUCCUGGGCUAUAUUCCUCCCAAACUGCACCGGGCCCACGUGGAUGCGACCUUGUGCACGGUUCACUCACCCACCACGUGUCCCCGAGGUCGCUGACCAGGCCUGCAACACAACAAAGAUCAGCUGCAGGUUACACAAUACAGAUGCAGUGCAACAAUCACAACAAACUUGACAGUUCCACAUUAGGUUAUUUACAAUUUUAGUUUAUCCGUUAGUUAGAAAGUGUAAUGUUGCUAAGUAAACCUUCAUCUAUACCAAAUAAACGUUUUGGGGAUAACAUUUAAAGAAGCGCAAGUUCGACUACUUGCAUCUUCUUGGUGGUAACCAAAUGAACUAUCAAAACAGUUGUGCUGCACCCGACUUUGAACUAAAAUAAGUUACAUUAUGUCGUUUAAACAGUCGUGUGCUUUAUCAAGAUUUUGUUUUGUCUGUUUCGCUGAUUUGUGUAAAACUGGACGAAAAUAUAAAAUGCGAUAUAAUCAAAGUACAUCUUUGUGGACAGAUAACCGUACUUCUCCAGCGACUCAUGAGCCAAGUUACAUUACUUGUAGAUUCAGUUCAUUCUCCGCUAUGCCUGAUUGUGAGACUACAAAUCCGUACACUUUGUUGGAAGAUGACCUCAAGACUUGCUACAGUGACAUCAGACACGAGCUGAGGAAGAACACACAGCUCGACGAGUUGUACAGAAUAGCGUCCUACUACUUUGACGGCCAAGGGAAGGCGCUCAGGCCGAUAGUGGUUCUCCUCAUGGCAGGUGCUAUCAACUUCCAUACGAACAACGAGGGGCUCCAGUACUCUCAGCGCAGGGUAGCGGCAAUAUCCGAGAUGAUCCACUCCGCCUCCUUGAUACACGAUGAUGUAAUAGAUACUGCAGACAUUCGCAGAGGAAAACCGAGCGCCAACGCCCUCUGGAACCCCAGACAAGUCACGAUGGCCGGAGAUUUCAUCCUGGCAGUAUCUAGUAUGAUGAUAGCUCGUCUGAAGAACGACGACAUCACUCUGAUCCUUAGUAAAGUUGUGACGGAUCUGAUCCAAGGGGAGUUGAUGCAACUGGGGACGAGAGAGACGGAGAACGAGAGAUUCGCUCACUACCUGAACAAGACCUACAAGAAGACUGCGAGCCUCCUCGCCAACUCUGCGAAGGCGGCGGCGGUCCUCGGGCAGGCUGACGGGGAGACAUCCGAGUUAGCUUUCCAGUACGGACGAGGCCUCGGGAUCGCAUUUCAGCUGAUUGACGAUCUACUGGACUUCGUUUCUUCCUCUGACGCUCUGGGGAAACCGACAGCCGCGGAUCUGAAGCUAGGACUGGCCACCGCACCGGUUCUCUUCGCUUCGGAAGAAUUUCCAGAACUCAACGCUAUGAUUGUCAGGAGAUUCAAGGAGUCGGGUGACGUAGAUAGAGCUUUCGAACUUGUCCACAGUUCGCAAGGCCUUCAACAGACCCGCUUCCUGGCAAAGAAACAUUGUGAUGAAGCGGCUCGCCUGGCUUUGUCGAUUCGCGAAUCUCCCUAUCAGAGGGGCUUAGUUGCAGUGACUAAUAUGGUGGCAAAAAGGCUAAAGUAAAUUUUCAUUUUUUUCAUAAAAAUUUUCAUCAGCUUGUGGCAAAGACAAAUCAUAUACAUUUUCAUCAUGCAGUGAUUUGCUUGUAUAUAAAGUAUUGUUAGCUCCUCAUACAAUUAAAGUAAUAUACUGGAACUUACUUGUGAUAUCGUCUUCAGUUUGCAACAGACAAUAUUAAGCUAAGAAUGUAAUUUAUUCAUCAUUAAAAAGUGUAUAUCGUCUAUUGAAAAUAAAAUAAAAUUAAAGCAA